UAGUCGCUUCAGAUCCUUCAGAUGAUAAGAUGAUCAGACGGUUAGGAAUGACAUUACAAACACGUGCGUCAUUGUGGCCGCAGAUUUUGCUUAUAUAAGAGAUGCUGCAAUGAAUAAGCAGUAUAUUGCUGUUGGUCGUAGAGGCAGGCAGGAGCAACGUUGAGUAAAUCACUCUGCGACCCAGAGAUACCGGUGUACGAGUAAACAAUACAUGUAAGAGCAUGUCAUCUGGGGGAUGGUGUGGGCGAGGUGACCGACCACGCGUAUUUGUCAAAUGUCCACCUGUUAUCUGCUAUGACUCUCCACCAGCUGCCAAAGUCAGCUGUAUUCACUAUGAUGAUCUCCGCCUAAAAGCCUUGAUGGGAAAAAGAAUUCAGGAACUUACUGUGCCCAAGAAAUCUGCAGCAACAUGGGAAAUGAAAGAAGGGGAUCUUUGCAGGAUAACUGUCACUGAAGGUUCACAGGUUGGAGAUGUUAAUUUUUGGAAUCUGAAAAAUAAACAAGAGAGGUUUUACUCUGGGAAAACGAGACAGCUUCAUGCAACUCACCUGACAGUGUAUGAUCGACUAUGGAGUAACUUGCCCUACCUCAGACCCAUGGCAACAAUAGUUGCAGAUUCCUUAAAGAAUUAUGGGAUAGAUGAAGAUGGAGCUAGUGUUCAUGAUGUUAUUGGAACUCGAUGUGAUGAUUAUACAUAUAAACUCAUCACUGGCAAGGAGAGAUCUGGCUCAUGUCACACAUACCUUACUGAAGCAGUGAAGAAACAUGGCCUCACUGAGCAGGAUGUUCAUGAUGUGUGGAACAUAUUCAUGUGUACUGGCUUUACCAAGGAUACACACCAAUACUUUACAAAAGCAAGCCCUGCAAGAAAGGGGGACUACAUUGAGUUCAUAGCAGAUAUGGAUUUGCUGGUGGCAAUGUCCACUUGUCCACAGGGAGAUGUUUCAACACCAGUAGGAAAACCAGUUCCAGAUGAAAACUGUCAUCCACUUGGAGUAGAAGUAUUCCGAGAAAUAGACCCAAAUGAAAAACAGCUUUAAUUAUACACUGGUAUGAGCAUUUCUACAGAAGAAUGGAUCAAAAGGUGAAGAGAAAUGGGAAGUUUUGAAAUGUAUAUUACUGAAGAAAUUUUGCUAAAUGUGGUACUUAUUAACUAACUUAAUCUGGAGCAGUGUCCCACGUGAGAAGCAAAUAAUUGCUUAGCUACUCCACAAAUUGCAUCUUAUGUGGAACUCUUAUAUUUGUUAGAGUUCACAAGAGCACACCACCCAUCCCUGUCCUGAACCAAGUGAGUCCACACCCUCACACCCUAUUUUAAAAUCUUCCCAUCUAUGCCUAGACUUUUCUUUUUUGGUUUUCUGAUGAAAAUUCUAUAUAUAUUUCUCUUAUGCAUGCUACAUGCCCUCUCAAUCUCACCCUCCUCAACUUGACAAUCCUAAUAACAUUUGAUGGAGUACAAAUUAUGAGGUUCUUUACUGUGUAAGAUUCUCCGACUUUGUCACUUACUUGCUAUUAGGGUUGGACAUCAUCCUAAUUAACCUGUUCUCAGGCUACAGACCAAGUGUCACACACAUGCAAAAUAAGAAUAAUCAUACAAAUAUUACGUUUCUGGACAUUAUUCAUUGUUCUAAUUUUAUUUAAAACACAAUGUUUCAGAGACUGGAAUCUGUCUCUGUCAACAGGUAAAACCUGCUCACCUGGGUCCAAUUGAUAGAGCUAGUCCAUCUCCAGACACCUACACCAACACGAGACAGGGAAUACAAACCAAGCACAGCACAAACCAUCUGCAAGAGUUAAGAGAAAACAUUAAAAAAACUCCACACAUGAGGCCUAGCACUCGAGUACUAUUAGAAUAAGUCAUCAAUGGAGAUCUGUAUGGUGCCAACAUAAAAAACACAAAUUUUACCACGUAAUCCACACUGGACAGAGUUGCAGUUUUUUUACUUCUGCUGUGAUAAUGAUUCAGACGGGAGAGAUGUCCAAGCUGGGUUGACUGAUCAGAUGGCCCAUCAGAGACACGUGGACAGAAUCUUUAUACACGUAUUUCCUGUAUGGGGUGUUUGGUUAAAACUGACCUUUGCUUCUUUCAAACAUGUUUUGUGGCCUUCUUCAUAUGCAGACUGGGCCAAUUUUGAUUUCUCAAGCACACCUUCUGUCAGGUUAUAUUUGUGCUCCUUUCUAAAGGUCUGCUUGUUUUUCCAGUGUAACAGGAUAGUGUUUUAAAUAAAAACAGUAUGAUGAAUAAUGUCCAGAAAUAUAUUUGUAUUGAUGUACAAUCAUCACAGAAUUGUAGAAGUAAAAUUUUAGCUUACUUAACCAAAAUAACAUAUAUUUAUCAUACAUACUCUCAUUAUAUUCAUAUUUAUGGUUUCUAACUGUAUAAAUAGGUUCAAGAACUGUGAUUUUAAAUGAACAUUAACUGAAGAGCGAGCAGCUGUCUUUUUAACUGCAGCAUUUACAUCGGUCAUGAAGUUUUGAAAUGCACUUUUCUUAAAAAUAUUAAUACUGCGAGUAUAUCUUGGGCCUAAAGUCAAAUCCAUAUAGCGUGCACACCCAUGCAUGCAGUGGAUGCACACACUGCACAUGCUCUCAGAUACUGCUAGAACACAUUAGUCUUUAAAAAUGUGUUAACAGAGACUUCUAUAAGUCUAGCUUCCACCUGACUCAUCAGUCAGGGAAAUUCUUCUUCCUCACUUUUGAUAAUAUAUUGGAUACUCAGCAUUUGUUUUAAUCUGUGGUUUCAAAAGAAUGGGACAUUACUACAUAAAACUGUUGUUAUGGAGCAAGUUGGCUCAUGUAGUAAUGCUUUUGUCUGGUUUGAAUCUUAGAUGGGACACUUGAGUAUCAUGACUGAGGUCUGUUAUGGUUUUCCCCAGUCUCCGCAGGAAAAUGCUGGAAUAGUACCUGAAAUUAAGCCACAACCAUUGCUUUUCACAUCCUUUACAAUUCACUGUUCAUUAAAUCAUCCUUCCAUUUGCAGUUACAUAGCUACUAAUGGUACCAUUAAAUAAGCCACAAAUAUAAUGAAAUAAAACCAUUAAGUAUGCCUCAACACUUUGUGUCUGAUGUAGUCAACAUUUGUAACUUACAUUUCAAAAUUUCAUUAAUCCACUUAGUGCCACAGGCUGUGUACAACUUUCCCAUUUGUUUCUUAAAACUUAACAGAUGAGUCAACUAUGAUGAAGACAAGACAGAGAAUAGAAACUGACAAAAAUCAAAUAUUUCAUAUGAUUUGGCCAUGUGGUUUAUAUAUGAACAAUAAGGUAACACAAAACCAACCCGCAAGCAUCAUAUGUCAAGUCUAGCAAAGUCUGGCUCACAAACUCAAAUCAAUUCUUUGGCAGAGAGGGUUAAUGAUUCACUGAAUCAUAGUAGAAUAUGGCUUUAUGUAUCAUAUAUGUGUAUUGCUUUUCUAAAUAAAAUUAAAUGUUGUUUUCUUGAAAAGUAGAAAGGUGCAUAGUUAGUCAAGAAAUUGCUUUGUUUUCAUGGAACUUGAAGGUUCACUUAAAUGUUCACAAAAAUCAAAACAGGUCCCUAACCUUAGUUUCUCUGUGAAAGCCAUUUUGAUUUGUUACCGUUUUUUCCAAACACCCGAACUUCGCUGCACUUUCAAAGUAUUUAUUAUUUUGUUGCACUCUGGUGACAAGACAUACUGAUGUGUUAUGUUUUAUGCUUUUUAUGAUAGGCUUGCAGACGUGAUAAAAGUAUAUUUAUGUAACUUGUGAUUUGGUAAAAGUGCCAGGGAUCCAUUUAAUUUGUGAAUGAAUGUGUAGGAGCAUAAUCCAAAGGCUCGCUAGACAUAAAUUCACUGAUUGUUACAAGAUAUAUUCAGAUUCAAGACUAUGCUCAUUCAAUCAAGCACAUCAAAUAUUGUGUUACGCUUUCUACAUUCACUGCAGAUAACUCCGUCUUUUGUCCUGCAACUUCACAGACAACGAUCUCCAAUAUUAUGGACAGCAGUGUUUAAAAAGAAACUAAUAGCCCUAUGUAACAUAUUUUGAGCAUUUAGGAGCUGGGUUGGACUGAAUCAACUGCAGCAUACGUGUCAUCAAGGAGAAUAUUUUGAGGAAGGCAGAGUACCACUGGAUAGCACUAAUGA